CCAGCAAAGAUGUCAUCCGUCAUGCAUUACUAUCCAGUGCACCAGGCCAAGGUGGCUCCGUAUCCAGCGACUCCCUCCGAGGUCAAAUACAGCGAUUUGAUCUACCACCACCACGCUGUGAACCCCAUCGGCCUGCCGCAGAACUACCACCAGAUGAACUCCAACCCCACCACCCUCACCGACCACUGCUCCCCGCAGCAGCAGCAAUUCCACCAGCAGCAGGUUUCCUCGGAUGAGAACCUGCCAUCCCAACCCAACCAGGACUCGCAGCGGGUGAAGCUGAAGCGAUCCCGGACGGCCUUCACCAGCGUGCAGCUGGUGGAGCUGGAGAACGAGUUCAAGAGCAACAUGUAUCUCUACAGGACGCGCAGGAUCGAGAUCGCCCAGCGGCUCUCCCUGUGCGAGCGCCAGGUGAAGAUCUGGUUCCAGAACCGCCGCAUGAAGUUCAAGAAGGACAUCCAGGGCCACCGGGAGCCCAAGGCCAGUGCCAAGUUGGCCCAGCCGCAGGCGGAGCAGAGUGCCCACCGCGGCAUCGUGCAGCGCCUCAUGUCCUACUCCCAGGAUCCCAGGGAGGUCGCCGCGGCAGCAGAGAAGCGUCCUGUCCAGGCAGUGGCCCCUGUGAAUGCCCAGCCAGAUUACGGGCAAGCCAAGGUGAAGACCGAAGUGGCCAGCAACAACAGCAACAGCAGCAUGUGCUCCAGCUCCGAUCUCAGCGAGAUCCUGGAGCACUUGGCCCAAACAACAUCUGCUCCAACAACCAGCAUCUCCGGUUCGGGAGCCUCCAUCAAUUCCACCACCAAUUCGGCGCCUAGUUCCUCCUCAGGACACUACUCCUACAAUGUGGACUUGGUUCUGCAGAGCAUCAAGCAGGAUUUGGAGGCGGCUGCCCAGGCCUGGUCCAAGUCGAAGUCCACUCCCCUCCUGGCCACUCAGACCUGGCAUCCCAGCUCCCAGAACCAGAUCCCCACGAGCGUGCAUGCGGCUCCUUCCAUGAACCUCUCGUGGGGCGAACCUGCUGCCAAGUCCCGAAAGCUCAGCAUAAACCACAUAAACCCCUGUGUCACCAGCUUCAACUAUCCCAAUUAGCUGGGAGUAUUUAUUUAAGUUUAAUACUUUGUUAGAGCUAAGCAACCGUCUCUGGCCCUUGGACGCAAAAUUCGAACCCAACUCAGUGACAAAAGCAUUUACAA